ACGAAGGCAUCCCACAGAAAGGUCAAAGCCCAAGCCCUUGCCCUAGCUCUAGCCAAGGAGUCCGGGGAUCAUAAUUCCAAAGCUCGAUCUGUACCCUCUCCUCUUCCCACUGCUUCGGGGUUUUUGGGUUGUGGAGUUUUUCAAUUUUUUUGUGGGUUGAAAAUUUUGGACAGAUUUCAGCCGGGAUUGUCGAGGAAGACUUACAGUUUUGGCCUUUAAGGCAGGACAUUGGUUUUGGGCUUGUAGGUUUUUGCAUAUAAGAUGCACUUCCGGUCAUCAUACCAAAAUGCAGGUAUUGAGCUUGUUUUUGUAUCUAUAUGGACUGCAAGAAGUUCAUCCAGUUGGUUGAGGAGAAAAAGAAGAGAGCUUUGGAGAAGAAAGAAGCUCCCUUGAAAUGGGAGCAGAAGCUAGAGGCUGCUUCCAAGGCAAAAGCUGAAGCUGAAGCCAAAGAGAGAAAGCUGAAGGCUGCAAGGCAUAAAAGAAGAUCUGUAUCAGAGUCUGACAGUGAUUCUGACAGUGACAGCAGUGAUGAGGGUAGAAAGACAACCAAAAGGGCACACAAGAAGCACAGGAAGCAUGGUCAUUCUGACUCAGGUGAAAAUGAGAAGAGGAAGGAGAAGAAAUCCAGACGAAGGCGAAAGAGACAUUCCUCAAGUGAUGACAACAGUGAUGAAAUAAAAAGCAACUCAGAAGAAGAUAGGAAGAGGAAGAAGCGGGUCCAGAGGAGACACAAGCAUCGUGAUUCAAGAUCAGAUUCUAGUGCUUCUGAUUCCUCAAGUAAUGAGGAUGAUGGGGCGAUCAGAAGGAAAAGUCGAUCGAAGCACCAAAAGCGCCACAGGAGAUCGGAAUCGGGUGCUUCAGACUCUUCAAGUGAUGAAGACAAUGUUGCAAGCAAGAGGAGUCAUCAUGUCAAGCGUCACAAACGCCAUAGACGAUCGGAGUCUAGUUCUACUUCAGAUUCCUCAAGUGAUGAAGAUACUGGUGUAACCAGAAGAAGAAAUCAUGCAAAGCACCAUAAACAUCAUCGACGAUCCCAAAGUGUUGACUCGAAGUCAUCUGAUGGUGGUGCCCAUGGACAUGAUCGAAGGAGCCGAUCCUUAGAAAAGUCAUUAGAUGAUAACUAUGAAGAAGCAGGUAAAUCAUCAAAGCAUAGAAAAUGUGGUCACCAUCACCAUCACCAUCAUCACAAACAGCGGCAUCAUCACUCAGAUGAGGAGAAAAUUGAUCAGAUCCAGCACUCUGGAGAACUAAAUGGAAAACACUUGGAGCAUUCUAUGAAGUUGGAUGCUUAUGACAAGGAUGCCACUCACGACUUUCAGAAAGUGUUGGGUUGAUCUCAAACGACCUAAUUCAUCAACUUACUGCAAGACUCUUUUGCCUUUUGGUUUUGUGGGAUAUAUGGGAAUUUAAUAUAGACUAAAUUUGCUGUUGACUUUAACCUUCCUACUUGUUUGUGUUCAAACUUAUUGGAAGCAAAUUAUCUAAUCUAUCUUCAAACCGGCCCUUUAUUUUGCAUGUCAAUAAUACUGGUUGAAAUUAAUGACA